CGUGAACCACCAUCCCACUUCACCACCACCAUGCAUUGCACCUGCAAAACGCUGCUCAGCAGCGUCUUCGCCGCGCCGCUCGCCCGCUCUACGACCUCGAUACCCCCGACUUUCCUCGCGCCAGCUCUCGCUCUCAAUCAAACGACCUCCUUCUCCACCAGCACUCGCCAGCACGCGCGUAAAGAUGGCAACCCCGCUCGAGGAGUUUCCGCUCUCCGCCGCACCGGUCUCAAGAAACAACGACUCUCCAUCACCGCUGCCGAACUGCCUAAACCCGUUCUCGACCCAUCGCGAAGAUCCCAAGUCGAAGUCGAUGAGGAUCAUGGACUCUGGGAAUUCUUCCCAUCUGAUAGGAAGUCAAUGGCAACACCGGAAGAGCUGGUCCAGCAUGGCCGCUCUUGGGACAUGAGAGAGUUGAGACAUAAAGAUUGGGAUGAUCUGCAUCGGUUAUGGUGGGUUUGUAUCAAGGAGAAGAAUCGGUUGUUGACGUAUAAGCUGGAGAGGGAGAGAGUGAAGAAUUUGUUUGGACAGUAUGAGUCUGAUCAGAGGGAGGAUGAGAUCAAGAAGACGAUGAAGCGUAUCAAGCAAGUUCUGACAGAGCGUUGGUAUACAUGGGAGAAUGCUCGACAGGACGCGAUGCAGGAUGAGGAGAUCAAUAUGUAUGCUGAUCUGGAUGCUGGAGAGCCGGCUUAUUUGCCAAAGGAAGAGGCGCAGGGUGAAGGUAUAUCAGACGCUCUUUCACAAGCUACUCUUCCACCGCCAGGCGAAGCUUCGAGGCCUGAAGUACGAGCUUGAUAAUCUGUACAAUGUUCGUGUAGCCAUAAUGUACAAAUUCCGCCAGAGCGACUUUCUCACAGAACAACCCUUGGCCUCUUUGAUGAGACCGACGAGGAGGGCAACCCAUUUUGAGGCACCCAUGACCAUAAAGUGUACAGCGCGCUCUUCAGCGCCUUUAAAAGCAAACAAGCAAUCCCGGGGUAUCACCCUCUAUCAUAUCGAACGCCAUCGCUAAGCAGCAAGCAAAAUUUCCCCCUUCAUAUCGAACCAUGCAUGAUCAAAAUCGUAGUCAGUUCAGAACAGACAUGAGCAUCUCAUCAUCGUCCUCCAGAGAACGAGUCACCUGCUCCCGUCGAGCAAAGGCUGCCUUGACUUCUGAAAGCAGGGCUUCUGGGUUGGUCACGUCCUUGUCCCCGCCAGCGCUCACGAGCAAUUGGUGCAAACUGGCCGUGAGUGACAGCACACGUG